CAGGUUUGUUGCAGAAGCAUUCGGAAAAAUGAAGCCAAUUUUUUGUGGAAAUCUGGAUUUUGACGCAAGACAAUCUGAUGUUGAGAGGCUGUUCAGAAAAUAUGGGAAGAUUGAUAGGGUGGACUUGAAGUCUGGAUUACUUGGAUAAUAUGAAUGUCCAUGCUCCUCUUAGAUGGAUGUGCUUCUCUGCAUUUCUUUUAUAGAAGUGCCCCAGCUUCUCCUUCUUGUAUUUUUCCAGAAGAAAUAAUCUGAUCCGCCCUAGCCCUGCCAUUCUGCAUUUCCUCACUCAGCAUUCAUUGCUUUUUCAUUCCUCAUGACUUUUGCUCACUGUUCAAUUUCCGACAUGUUUCAACAUAUGAACCAUGAUGAUUUCACAAAUGUGGCAGGUGUUGUGGUUUUGCUUUUAUCUACAUGGAAGACGAACGUGAUGCCGAGUAUGCAAUCAGAAGACUUGAUCAAACAGAGUUUGGUAGAAAGGGGCGCCGAAUUCGUGUUGAGUGGACUAAGGCAGAACGUGACAACAGAAGGUCUGGUGGCGAUUCAAAGAAAUCUUCAACUAAUACAAAACCAUCGAAGACUUUGUUUAUUAUAAAUUUUGAUCCUGUUCACACCAGGACAAGGGAUUUAGAGAGACACUUUGAUCCCUAUGGGAAAAUAUCAAAUUUAAGGAUCAGAAGGAAUUUCGCUUUUAUCCAAUUUGAAACGCAGGAAGAAGCCACUAAAGCUUUGGAAGCAACUAACCUGAGCAAGUUUAUGGACCGUGUUAUCACAGUGGAGUAUGCUAUAAGGGAUGAUGAUGUCAAAAGGGAUGGAUACAGUCCUGAUAGAAGAGGUCGUGGCUCCCCUGAUGGUAGGUAUGGUCGUGGCUCUCCUGAUGGGAGGUAUGGUCGUGGCAGAUCCCCAAGUCCUUAUCGUAGAGGUAGGGGUAGCCCUGAUUAUGGUCGUGGAUCAAAUCCUGCUUCCAGACCAGAACCAAGAGGAAGCCCAAAGUAUGAACGAGCUGAAAGCCCAGCGAAUGGGAGAUAUGAUAGCCGAUCACCCCCACCCCGUGGAUCAAAUCCACCUUCCAGACCAGAAGCAAGAGGAAGCCCCAAAUAUGAACGAGCUGAAAGCCCAAUGAAUAGGAGAUAUGAUAGCCGAUCUCCCCCACCUCGUGAUAGGUCACGAUCUUGAGGAGUAGCUGAAUAGAACUGUAUUUGAAAUUGUUGCUGGACCAUUUCUUUUUUCCGUUUCAACUUAUGUUAGUCCAUAGUUUGGCACCAAGAAAACCCGGAUUUCUUUAUUGUAUUUACUUUUAUUUGUGGUCAGGAUCUAAUGUGCAAUCUGCAAAGACAUUGUUAUAUAUUAGAUACAGUUAUGCUACA